UUACCCAGUUUCCGGGCAGCGGAAUUUUACAUAACAACUUUUAAAAACAAGGAACGUCCAAUAGAUUACAGAAGAACUCUAUUUUCGACUGCUGCAAGAGCUGGACGACGAAAUUGCCACAAUGACAAUAAUAUGAAAAUUUGAAAUGCACAAGGUCAAUCAGAAAAGCCUGAAGAUGUUUCGUCCUUUGAAAUUGAGGACUUUUUGCUCCCCCAAGAUGCAACUUCAGUAUGCUUCCUUGUAUGAGGUAUUGGGGGUGACUGUGAAUGCCACUCAAACAGAAAUAAAAUCAGCAUAUCUUACAAAAUCUAAAAAGUUUCAUCCCGAUUUCAACAUGGAAUCUGACACAAACCUAGAAUUUUUGAAAGUGCAGAAUGCUUAUAAAACCUUAAGCAAUCCUUUACAUAGAUGUGCAUAUGACCGCGCCUUCACCAGUUUAAAUGCCAAGGAGAUGUUCCACAGCAUAUUUCAUACCAAAGCACAGACACCUAAUGUAUGGGAUUACUGUCAUCACUUCCACCACUCGGCCGAGCUCAGCUGUUCAGAUCCUCCGCCUACCAAAAAGCAAGAAUUAACCAAAGUUCAACAGUUUUACUCAAAAAACCUUGUCUCAUGUUUUUGGCUGAUAAUAUUUUUGGGAACGACAGCUUUGUUGUUUGGGACCGGGUAUGCUAUAGAAAAUAAGGAUAAAAAAUUACCAGAAACCCCCCGAAAGCCUUCUCACAAAGUUCAGAAAAGUGUUACAGACACAAAUAUCUCUCCCCUACGUGCUCGACAGCACUCAAGGCCAACAGACCUAACUAAGUACAAAGAGUUAGACAUUCCUAAAAGGGAGGAGGAAUAGGAAGUUGCAUUAAUUCCUUCCUCUGUCUACCAUAUUUGUGAGAUUCUGUGAUAAUUAUGAAUACAUUUUAUCCAGCAAUGGUUAAAGAUACUGUAAAAGCAUAAUAUUUCGUUUUGGGAUUAAAUUUCGUUUAUUUUGUGGUUUUAUAAAAACCGUGAAAUAUAAACCCAUCGACAUCUUAAACACACAAAAUAUAAACUAUUAAAAUAUCAUAUAAACUAUCAAUUUUAUUAUUAACAUUUAUACACAAGUCAUGAUUAACAAUGUAAUUAUCAUCACAGGCACAGUCAGAAGAGACAUGUUUCUCUUCCGCUAUCGUAAGAACUACUGACAAGGUACAUGUACGUCUACGUGAGUCUACAAAGUAUACAUCAUGUGUAUAUCGCUCUUUGUAUAUAUUAUAAGCUAUAGAGCGUGACGUAUUUGACCGGUACCAAUGGAGUAAGUAAAUCUCGCCCGAUCUUAAAUGUCUUCAUGCCUGUCAGUUUAAACUUACUUUCCAGAAAAAAUGCAGGGUUUUAAAUGAUUGAUUCCACAAAAUGUAAUCCCAACGAAUUUGUCCGAAUACAGAAAAAAUAAACCCCAAUGAAAAUAUAUGCUUUUGCAGUAUUUAUCUUUAAUUUUGUCUGUAUUGGUUGAAAAUUGUGUAUGAAAAAUCAAUUUGAUUAAUGUCAACGGCAUAACCUUUUUAAGAAAAGGAUUUUGAAUUUUUCAAAAAUGAAAAUGCAACUUUUUUAGAUAAUCAUGCUUCAAUAUAAGAACAUGUAUGAAUUAGAUGUAGACAUUUUUUUAACAAAUAAAACUGCGUGAAAUAGAAGCUGUAUAUAUAGUAUGUUUUCAUUUCUGUCAUAAAAUACAGUUGAUGCUUUGAGAUGUGUCUUUAGAUGUU